AAGCUUACCCACUAGUUUGACCAGAAUUACAAUGGUGUCAUUCUCGAAUGAUAAAGCCGCUACAUCGUCAACAUCGCCACCACCAUCGCAAACUACAACACCAGUUGUAGUACCAACGAAAUCAUCGACAGCCGCAAAAGUAUCAACAGCUGGAAAAGUAUCAACACCAAGGACAACAACAAACGCCACCAAAGUAUCAACAACCGAAAAAGAAUCAACACCAAGGACAACAACAAACGGUGAGGCUCUGAUCUUUUAAAAGCAAUUUUAUCUUUAGUUCGGCUUGCCUGUUACAUCAGUUGUAAUAACAACAAAAUCA